UAUAAAUAUUUAAUGUCUUAAUGUCGUGAUUUCUUUCGAAAUUUUGAGAUUUUGUUAUAGUUAUGUAAAAUGAAUUCUAUAGUCCGCGCAAGUUUUUCAUUUGUUAAAAAUGCAGUUGCGUCCACAUCUAUUCGAUCUAUUUCUACAACCAGACCAUUAAAUUUAAAAGAACUGCGGGAACGUACAGAGGGUUCAACAUUAGUAGUGGAAGGUGUAACUGUGCCUUCGCCCAGGACAAAUUUGCUUGUUCGUGCUGAAGAUUUAGCAGGUUUUGAACCAACCGAAGGAGCAGCAGAAAAACCAUGUUAUAUGUGCUCUUUGGGACUUGACGUGAAGCACACAGAUGUGCUUAUCCUAAACCAGUUUGUACGAUCUGAUGGCUGCAUGUUGCCUCGACGUAUUACUGGACUGUGCAAGCGACAACAAAAAAAGAUCGGUAAACUAGUAACCAUGGCUCAGAAAGCAGGCCUCAUGAUCAAUCUCACUCCAGCCAACUGCCACAAGGAUCCCAAGAAGAGAAGAUUGUACAAAAAGUUCAACACAUACUUUGAUGAGAAAACAAUAUUCAUGUGGAGAAUCCCCAAGCCCACUGAUCGAUUUAAACGAUAAUUUUAUUAAUAGAGUGUAGAUAAACUAUGAAUACAAUUAAAAUUAUGUUA